UCCUAAAUAUGGUUGAAGAUUUUGCUAGUUCGUCACAAUUAAAAUCGAUUAAAAUGAAUGAACAAACGUGUAAAAAGUGAAACUAAGCAUUGAUUUUGUUGACGAAUCUGUGAAAAUUAUUCUGUCUCAGGUCAGGUUGUGUAGAGUUAGAUAUGGAUUCAGUUUGAGAAAUACGGCCAACAUUCGAAAAGACCUCCAUCUCCUGCAGCAACGCAAUCCGUCCCAACCUGGCAUCCCUGUGCAGCACAUUCACUCACCGCGGUCGGUUCUCUCGAGCUAGCUCUGUGUCCCGUCCGUCGCGACGUUCCAAUGCUCAAUCCGUUUUCGUGUGCGACUGAAGGCAGUAGCAGAAGCGAGUGAGCCAUAUUCGUCUUGGCAAGUUUGGCGAGGAGGACUUUUUUUUCUUCGUUCGUGGUACGAGCUGGCCCCUGAGGCUCUGUCUAAUCCGUGGCUGCGUGGAAAAUAUCGGCCCGUUCCGUGUGUGAAAGUGCGUAAGAAUUCGGAGUUGGUGGAGCGAUAUCCGACAGAGCUUCAGCAACAGGAUUAGUAGCGGAGUUGGACGUGGUGUGUGCGUUCCACACACACUCUUCAUACAGAGGUAGAUGAGAGGUGUUCAACCAAUCUACCAAACAGGAGCAAAGUGUGUGCGUUCGUGUGUUGUAUGUGUGCUGUACAGAAGAAACAGAAGAAGCAGCAGCAGCCGUAGAGCAAGAGUAUUUGUGUGAGUGAGUGUGAGCGUGUGUGCAUUUAAUCGAAACGCAACAACAAGAAGAAUUCAAUAUCCCGAUCGGUAAUAGCAGAAGAAGAGCAAAACAAGCAAAUAAAGUGAGCAGUGCAAAGAAGAAACAAACCAAAUCAAAAGUGUUCGAUGAGAAGAAGAAGCAUCAAUUGCUCGAACGCGACGACGAAGAAGAAAAAGGUUGCAGAAGUUGUUUGAAAUCUUUCCCCCUCUACACCCCAACCCCCCGAAACCAAGUCGGUUGAAUCUUGGAGUGAAAAAAAAAAAAAAAAACAUCCACCAUGUCGAUGGACAACCGGAACACGUCGGCCCUGUUCAAGCGGGCCGAACAGCUGAAGCGCUGGGAGGAAUCGGAAACGAACAAGCACAGCGGCACCCCGAAGAGUCCGUCGAUGCGGCGGAUCAAGUUCUCCUCGGGGUGUAUCUUCCUGGCGGCGUGUGUCGCCGGCGAUAAGGACGAGGUGUCGCGGCUGCUGGAAACCGGCGCCGACAUCGACACGGCCAACGUGGACGGGCUGACGGCGUUGCAUCAGGCCUGCAUAGACGACAAUUUGGAUAUGGUGGAAUUCCUAGUACAGAACGGUGCCGACGUUAACAGAAAAGAUAACGAAGGAUGGACACCCCUGCACGCCACAUCAUCCUGCGGAUUCCUCAGUAUAGCCCGCUACCUGAUAGAGAGUGGCGCCGACCUGGCGUCGAUCAACAGCGACGGCGAGCUGGCCCUGGAUCUGGCCUGCUCGGACGCGAUGGAGGACCUCAUCCAGCGACACAUCGACGAGCAGGGCAUCGACUGCGAGGACGCACGCCAGGCCGAGGAGAAGAUCAUGCUGAACGACGCCAAGCGGUGGCUCCGCAGCGACAGCACCGACUGUGAUAAGCCCCACCCGAAGACGGGCGCGACGGCCUGCCACGUGGCGGCCGCCAAGGGAUACGGCAAAGUGCUCGCCCUGCUGCUGGACGGCCGGGGGGACUUUGACAAGCAGGACGUGGACGGGUGGACGCCACUGCACGCGGCCGCCUACUGGGGCCAGAAGGAAGCCGUCCAGAUGCUGCUGAACGCGAACGUCGACAUCGACGUGCAGAACUACAGCGGCCAGUACGCGAUCGACAUCGCCCAGAAGGACAUCGUGCCGCUGCUGGACGAGGCGCGCAAAAACAACCUCAAACGACCCAAACGGCGUCCGGCUAGUCAGAUUAGGUAUGGCGGUGGAAUGCGAAUUACGGACACUAUUGAGAAUAGCAUCGAGACCCCUACCAAGGUCAUCAGGGUCGAGGUGAAACCGAUCGACAGCAAAGAAAAAGAAGCACUCGCCAGUGAAAGCGAGGAGGAGGAGCCAGAAGAGGAAGAGGAACCUGAAGAAGAGCAAGUAGAAGAAGAGGAGGAGGUGGAAGUAGAGCAGGAGGACGCGGAGCAUAGCGGGAGUGAUCGCGAAGAAGAUCAGGAAAACGGCCAAGAGGUCGACGAGGAGGCGGAGGAGCAAGAUGAAGAAGAAGCGGCAGCAGAAGAGGAAGAGGAGGAGGAAGAUGAGCAGGAAUCGGAACCGGAAGUUUCGGUAGCGUCGGAAUCUUCACCGUACUCGAGCAGCUCGACUUCGUCGUCUUCGUCGUCGGCUGAAAGCAGCAUGACUGAGUCGGACACAGAGGAAAUUCGCUCCAAACCCGUUCCGAUUAUUUCCCGUCCGACGCCGGUUCCGGUGGCCGAGCAGAUUAUCGUUCCCAAGCCACGUGACGCAUCGCAGCAGCAGCAGGCCGCGCCGCCAGUUCCGUGGCGUCGUCCACGGGCGAUCCCAACGCCGAUUCCGACGGCUGAACACGCCAAGCUGCAGCAAGAAUACCUGCAAAAGUUGCAGAAUGGCAACGCGUCGUACAACACUCAAGUUCCUGAGAAGGAGAACCAGCCAACAGAGCCCGAUGUGAUACUGCGGCGGACGCAAAGCUUCGAGAGCGAUGAAAAGUUCUACCAGAAGUACGUCGAGCUGCGAGCCCGAAUACAGGCCAACUCGUGCCCGAUCCUGCCCAACACGAACCCCGCCGUCGCGAACGCGGCCGCCAAAACCGCCGCCAGCAACAACUAUCUUGUACAAAGGUCUGCCUCGUUGAAGGACCACCGGACGUUAAGGAAGGCCUCCAGCAACCUGGUCCUGGGAAGCACCGGCAGCACCACCCCCACUGGCACAAACGCGAACGUACAAACGCAGUCGGCCACGUCGCCACCCACUAGUCCCACCGGAACGCCCGUGACGGCACCCAGCUCCGGACAGAUUCGAAGCAUCACACCUGCCAACAACAACAACAACAUCAACAACCUCAGCCAGAACAACAGCCAUCACAUUGCGACACCGGCGGAACAGACCAUUGAUAACAACUACAGUAGUAGCGAUACUAGCGACACCUCCACCACCACCAACGCCGCUGUUGCGGCGGCGGCGGCGGCGGGCAACAAAAAUCAUAGCCUGUUCGAACUGAACCGAAAAUACAUCGAACAAGCCCAGAAAACGAAGAUUAAUAAUGAGCGCAAUAAAUUUCUCUCGUCACUCAACGAGAAGAGGCAGCAACAGUUGCAGCAGCAGCAACAGCAGCAACAACACCAGGACAAGGACACGGCAGCUUAUCAAAGAGCGGAAACGAAAGCGUCACCAGCAGGCUUCGUCGCGCAGCCGGCAACCGCAGAAUCCGGCCCCGCAGCGGACGAACCGACGGCGGAACCGCCGAUCACGCGGGCCCAGAGUGUAGGCGGCGUCUAUGCCGCUAACGCCGCCACCGCGACUAGUCCUUCCUCCGCAGUCCAGAACCAGUAUCCUGCCGUCGUAACUUCCACGAACAAACUUUCGCCGGGCAAUAUUUUCAAAAACUUCUUCAAAUCCUUCGUUCCGCCGACGCGCGACGAGGAGAGCGAAACGCAGCGAAAGGCCCACGCCAAGCGGGUCCGCGAGACGCGCCGCUCGACCCAGGGCGUCACGCUGGACGAGAUCAAGAGCGCCGAGCAGCUGGUCAAGAAGAAGAACUCCACCAACGCCGCCGAAGGUGACCCGGCUGCUACCACAACAACCACAAUCACACCACCAACCUCAUCAUCCUCUUCAUCAACACCCGCUGCCGUUCCGACGCCGCCGCCACCGAUCAACGACCGCGUCCCGGACCCAAGCGGUGGAACCGGCAGCAGCAGCAGCAGUAUUCCCGAGGUAAGCAGCAAACAAGUUCCUUCGCCGAGCGAUCCACCAGUUAGUAUGUCGGCCAGUUUUACGCUGAGUGCUCCGCCCUCGACGACCAGCGCCAAGUCAGCAGCAGCGCAGCGGACCGGCGAUGGAGGUGGCGGCGGCAGCGGUGAAGGCGGGGGUGGCGACGGGACAGCGGACGGCGAUGACGGUAGCAAAAUCAGUGUCUCGUACACGAUCGCGGCUCCAAAGGGAAUUGAAAGCAGCGUUGCUGCGACGAUCGGCUCCGCCGCCAAAGAAAAGAGCAAAGACGAUGCCGUGUCAACGACGGCCACCUUCAGCGUACCGACACCUGCCGCGAACAACCUUAACAAGAAGACUGAAUCCGACGAGUUUACGAAACCGACGGCGACCAUCCGAGCGCCGGCCAGCUCGUUCAGCACCAGCAAGCGGUCCCUGUUCGACAUUGAUAACGCCAACUCGCUAACGCUGGCCGAAAAGCUACGCCAAGAGGCCAACAAGUACGCCGAAAGCGACAAGGAGAACUUUGUCAGCAGCGCGAAGAGUUCCGCGAAGACGUCGUCGGAAUCUACGGCAGCUGCUGCCGCACCGGCCAACGUGACUCCGGCGGCCGCCGCCGAAGGUACAGUAUUGCUGCGAAAGGACAGUAGUGCGCCUUCUUCGCCACUGCACCAGCACCACCAUCAGCCCUCGACGCUGGCCGAACGGAGGCCGUCGUGGCGGUUGAAGGUGGACGGUGGAUCCAAGUUCAAACUGGAAGACGCCACGGCGCCUGCCAUCACGCCCACCAGCAACAACAACACCAGCAGCAGUGCCGCCUUGGACUCCUCGAACAACACCCGCACCCAGCAGAAUGAGCUCAAUAGUAUUUCAGCGUCCUCGCUGGCCCAGCGAAGGCAGAACGGCGACAGCAGUACUUUCAACUCAACUCGGCCCGCGUCAGCUCCGGAACUUGCGACGACGACCGCGACCAGCAAUGACGCCAGUCUGCACCUGCGGAGGUCACUCAAGAGCGAGGAGAACAAGGAGAAUGACAAGGAGAACGACAACCGCAGCAGUGCCCAGGCGACGCAAGCCGUCAUCCAGCGCAGGAGGCGCCCCAAGCGGCGCUCGACCGGAGUCGUGCACGUCGACAUGGAGGAUAUUGAUCCAGAGCGACAAGAUUCUCCGGUCGACGGUGAGGAGAAGGAGUCUGGAACGGAGCGAGGCCGGUCCCGGGUUGGGUCGACCGCGUCGGAUCUCGCCGCGGACGCGCAAAAGGAUGGCAGCGGCGUCGCGGAGUCCAAGGAGAAUGGCGGCGACUACGUCGACUACAAAGCUCUCUACGAACAGGCCAAAGCUGACAACGAGAAGCUCAAGAGCUCGAUGAGGAAGAAGGACGAAGAAGUGCUCAGUUUGAAGUCGGCCCUCGACAGGUUCACGACCGCGACCACCAAGAACAACUCGCUGUCGGAGCUGGAAAAGCGGGAAAGACGAGCGAUGGAGCGAAAGAUGUCGGAAAUGGAGGAAGAGCUCAAGCUGUUGCAAAAAUACAAAACCGAAAACGAACGUCUGCGCGCCGAGAAUCGCGCCCUCACGCGGGUUGUCUCCAAACUAACGACCUCGGCCCAGAACCAGCUGCACAGCAAGCACUAGAAGUAGUCGUAGUACUAGAAGUAGUAGUAGAGAGAGGGAGGGAGCGCAGUACUAGAGCAACGCCAAAGGGUGCACAGCGCGCACACACACAUUUAUGAUGAUAUUAGAAUUGUAACGUUGUCUCACAAUCAAAAUGUUCCAACAUUUAUACACUCUUGUCCUUGCAUCUAUUGUGAACUAUUGCUGUUUUUUAAUAGUUUGUUUAUACUAAAACAAUGCCAACCUAAGUACCGUGUAGAGUAAAGCUUUUCCAAAUUUUGUUGAUAGCAAAAUAUCUAGUGUAAAGUUUAACUUACCAAAAAAUAAAAAAAACUACACAAUAUCGUGAAUAAAAGGAUAGUGAAUUGAAUCCAAAAGUGCUAAAAUUGUCAGCUAAACUAGUCAGAAUAUCAUCAAAAGCGUAAUUACUAUUGAAAACUUGUGUGUGUUUGUGAAGCAUCCAAAACAAAGCAAAAAACGCCACGACACAACAACACUGCAACUCAGAGAGAAAGAGAGCAAGAGUGAGACGACGUAAUGAGAGAGAGAGCGAGAGCAAAACCCACUUUGGACAACGACGACUUCCCAACGACGACCAUUCUCUCAAGCUCCUCCUCCUCCUCGGCGCGUUGAGAGUGAGAGCCAACGAAGUACUAGAACAAAGAGACGCACUGCCGCCGCGUUUGGUCAAGUCGAGCUCUCAGUGAACACUGAUUUUGCAACUGGAAGCCCUCAAGACCGAAAAUCAGCGCCUGAAGGACGAAAACGGAGCGCUCAUUCGUGUAAUUAGUAAGCUUAGUAGAUAGAGAUACAUUGCCGCCGCUGAGCUGCCACUUGGCCGAGGUCUUCUGGAAAGGGGACGGCAGGCCACCGGCGGCGACGGCGGCGGAACAGGUCAGAGUGAUCGCGGCAAAGAAUAAAGUUAGACGGGGACUCUGGGAGCAAGCGCCCAAGAGAGUUUGGGAUUUUAUCACUAGACUAGAGACUAGAGAGAGAGAGAGCGACUUGGAGAAGUGCAGCAAAGUUAAUCGUACUGAGGCGUCGUGUCGCGCAAAACUAAGCUCCUCUCGGCGAAGGGCGCGAGAGAAUGUGCAUCGAAUACAAUAAUGUAAUAUAGCAAAGAAAAAAUAAAACAGAUAAAAAAACUGAAUCAAUCUAGGCGAAACAAAUCAAUAAUUAUUCUACUGCAAAGUUAAACUAUUUAUAAAACAAACAAAAAAACUGAGAGAUCAAAAAAGUACGGAUUUCAUUCGUUUUCUAGAUAUUAUUUAUGCGCGAACAAAAAUCAAGAAGAAGUCAAGGCAUUUCAGUUUCAUCCCCAGUGGAAAGAGGCAACUUUUAUUGUGCACUAUUGUUAACAAAACACACGAAUCGGAAAAGGGAGAAAACAUGUUAGUCAACUGAAACUAUUUCUUUUUGUUAUCGUCUUGUGUAACGUCACGUAAUUAAAAGGUAGAAAAUGUGUAGACAAUUUGGAUUUUUUAACGUUCGGACUCUUUAGAUGUAGCAAAUCACUGUUCUCAUAUUUUGCCAAAAUUUCAUAGCAAAAAUAAAUUUGGAGCAACUUUUUGUGUGAGAAUAAUUUCUAGUUUUGGACAACUUUUUUUUUGUUCGGAGAAAGCCGAAUGAUUGAAACAAUAAUUGAAGCUGUUUAGAUACUUUAAUAUAAAGAAGAAAUCAAUAUUUAUAGAUUUUAUAUCAAACACACACACACACGUGCAGCAUAUUAAGCAUUGUAAGUAAAGCAUCAUUCGGAACACACAAAAAAAAAAAAACAUUUUUGUUGGAGUAAAACGCAAUCAACUAAAAACUCAACCGCGGAUUUGAUCUCCCAAUUGGUUCACUCACGUAGCUUCGUUUUUCUUACUCCAACUCUUUUAGCUAGAGGUGAGAUAGUAUUUAAGUUGUGCGUGAAAGCGUGCGAUAUGUAAAAAUGUAAACACACACACAAACAACACAAAACUAAUGGCAUUUUCAAACCUUUGUUUGUUUUUUCCCCACCCUUCACAAUCGACCUUCAAAAACUCUCUCAUCAUUAGUUAGUAUUGAAUGUGUCUAGGUUAGGAUCGAUUUGUAUGCAUUAAAAAAAACUCAAGAAAAAGCAAUUUUCAUGCGACAAAUCGCCUCUGUUGAUGAUUAUGAUACUAUUGAAUGUUGUUAGCGUAUCAAUUGUACACCCUCUUUCCUGUUCCAUAUUUUCCCGUUCUUUAGUUAAGUCUCGUAGAGUUAUUUCAUUUUAGUCUUUUGAUGUGUGUAUUGUAGAGCAAACAACACAUUACACAAAUACUGAAAGUACUUCUCCUGUUUUUUUUUCUUCUUAUUUUUAUUACUACGAUUAUUAUUCUUAUUAUCAUUAUUACUAUGUUGUAAUUGUCAUCCUAAGGUAAGUGAAACACACAAACAAAAAAUACACGCAUACACAAACACACAUCCGCAUAUACAUUGUAACUUAUGUUAACUGCAGCAAAUAUGUACUAUUAUUAUUUUUGAAAAGCGAAAAAAAAGUUCAAAAUAAAAGCAAAAAA